AUGGAUCAGACAAAUGGGACUGUGGUCACAGAGUUUCUCCUCUUAGGAUUUCAAUGCAGCCAACUUUUGAGAAAUAUUCUAUUCCUUCUGUUUUUUCUUGUUUUUGGUGCCACAGUAUGUGGGAAUCUCUUGAUCAUCACCCUGGUGUCCACCAGCAAGAACCUCCACACUCCAAUGUACUUUUUCAUCUCACAACUGUCCAUCAGUGACAUCUUAUUGACCACAGAUAUUGUCCCCAACCUGCUCCACAUUCUACUAAAUAAUGGAGGAACCAUCGGUUUUAUUGGUUGUAUGGCUCAGUUUUAUUUUUUUGCUGGCUCAGAAGCAUUUGAAUGUCUUCUUCUCUCUGUGAUGUCUUAUGACAGAUAUGUGGCCAUCUGUAAUCCCCUCCAUUACUCCUCUACCAUGACUUAUGAAUUCUGUGUUAAAUCAGUCACUAUUUGCUGGUUGUUGGGUUAUUUUGUUUCAUUUAUUGUCAGCAUAUCACCAUUCAAACUAAUGUUUUGUGGGCCAAAUAUCAUUGACCAUGUAUUCUGUGACAUUGUCCCCCUAUUAGAACUUUCCUGUUCUGACACCUUUAUUGUUCAUUUGGAAAUUUAUGUCACGGGCAUACCAAUUGUAAUAAUCCCAACCACAAUCAUUGUAAUGUCUUAUACUUACAUUGUUUUAGCAGUCUUAAGGAUCCCAUCCAGUACUGGUAGACAGAAAGCCUUCUCCACCUGUAGCUCCCACCUCAUUGUGGUCUCCAUAUUUUACUUCAGUCUCUUCAGUGUUUAUGUUCUUCCAAAAGGUGGACAAACCUGGCUUCUUAAUAAAAUCUUAUCUCUGUUAUAUACUGUAUUUACGCCAUUGAUUAACCCCAUAAUAUACAGUUUGAGAAAUAAAGACAUUAAAAGGAUUGCCCGCUCCACAGGAGAUGAUGCGUAG